GAACGUAGGGAUUAGCAGAAGAAAGUGAGAUGUUAUAAUGAUUGAAACCGUACCUAGAGGAACAGGUUUGUGCAGAUGAGCAGGAAAUGUUUUGUUGUGGAGGCAUGGAUAGUUAGGCUGGUUAACCAUUGGAUUUUAGCACCUCAAUAGUAGAUCAGUAUGGAGAGGACCAAUAACAAGAAGAAUGGGCCUCAGAGUGUAGAGCUUGGUUUGACCGGAGGGGCGUCCAACUUCGACAGCAGCAAAAUGGCAGACAUGUCAGUGGAAGAGAUCACCCUGAGGGCCAACCAAGUGACCGAUGAGUCCUUGGAGAGCACCAGGCGGAUGUUACAGAUGGCACAGGAGAGCAGCGACACGGGCGCCAAAACCACAGAGAUGCUGCACCAGCAGGGGGAGCAACUGAAGCGUACAGAACAGGGAAUGGACCAGAUCAACCAGGACAUGAGGCAGGCUGAGAAGAACCUGACGGACCUGUCAAAGUGCUGCGGCCUCUGUGUCUGUCCCUGUGACCGGGUGACGUCCAUAGAGCAUGACUCCAAGUACAAGCGGACCUGGGGAACGGGGGACAGUGGCAGCACUGGAGGAGAUGGAAUGGACAGCACCGUGGUGUCCAGGCAACCCACCGGCGUCCAGAACGGCCCACAGGCCAAUCAGCAGCAGCCCUCGGGGCCCUACAUCAAGAGGAUAACCAACGAUGCCCGGGAGGAUGAGAUGGAGGAGAACCUGGACCAGGUGGGCAGCAUCAUAGGGAACCUGAAGAACAUGGCCAUAGACAUGGGCAGCGAGAUAGACAAGCAAAAUCAUCACAUCGACCGCAUCGCCACAAAGGCGGACAUGAACAAAGCACGUAUUGAUGAAGCCAACCAGCGGGCAAACAAGCUCAUCAAGUAGACCGAUCCAAAUCAUCCACCCUAAGUCUUUCCCUUUGCUUACACACACACACACACACACACACACACACCAAAAACCACACACCACAGAAAAAACCUUUUGAACCUGCACCUGCCAUGCAGGCUUUCUUUUAAAUGAUACACAGAUACACACUUGCAUGUAAUGUGGCUUCCAUAACUAGCAAGUCCUCACCCAUUCCCCAUCCCAACUGUGUGAUGUGGAAAAACGUAUCCAGGCACUGUGGGAGCUGUGCUGUAUUCAGAAAGCCUUCUAGAAUAAGUCUGCUGCUUUAAUAGAAGUUGUGUAAAAUAGGCGGACCUGAUGCUAGAUCACAACUUCUAAUCUGUGCAACAUGAUUUUCACAUAUGAUCCGGAGCACCACAAGAUUCUCACUCAACUACUGUCGCCAUCAGGUGGCCGGAAGUUGUCACAGCAGCUGUUUGAUCUCUCUGAUCAUUUCAUUUGGUUCAUGGCUCUUGUAAUUAUUGUUAUUGUAUCCAGUUGUUAUUGGUUGAGAUGAUGUGCCUAUUUAAUUAUUCUUAUAUGACUUGUGAAUAAAGUAAGCUUUUUUUAACUAGUCCCCCAAUGUCAAAUCCAAUUUUAAUGUAAUGGUUAAUAUGUUAAUUUCUAUGCUGGAAGUCCCAUGGAUGUAGACCUUCAGAGUUGUUGCAAUCUUUAAAUGAUCCUCUCUGUUUUAUACAAAACAUCUUGAAUGGUUUUGUAUGUAAUCCUGGUUUUUUUUUUUUUUCUUACACUAUGAUGUGAGGGGAAAACAACAUGGUUAAUGUAGUUUUUCCUUAGAAUUUUCUUUGGUAGAGUAACAUCUAAUUAUUAACCAAAGAUCUUAGCCUGAGAGACUCAACUCCCCAGUCUGUUAGUGCUAGCAUGCCUACUCCUUGUUUUUGGCCUAAAAUGGAUUUAAUUAAAUGUUUUUUCACUCAUUUCUAGUUGCCAGAUCUUCCCCAGAGAGAGGCCUUACUGCCUGUGUCUUGUAACGAGUUAAGUGGCUGUGUUGUAACAGCCGUGUCCCCAACGCAUUUCUGCAGACUGUUAGCAGUUUACUCAUCCAGAAAUGUGCUUGCUGUCUGUCCUCUUAACUCCAUUAAAGAUACUUGUCAGAAUAUGUAAAACAAUGCUAUAUUCUUCUGCAUUAAAGCAGUGGUUUUCAAACCGCUCAUCAGGAACCCCGAAAUGUUUUCCAUUAUCACAGUAUUGUCUGUCUGAGCUAGCAUAUUCUGUUCACCUAGGUAGGUCAAUCAGGUGUCUUCAUCUCUGGAAUGAAUCAAAUACAUUGAAUGUUCGGGGGUCUUCGAUGUCAGGCUUGAGAACCUUAGGGCCGGCUUCACAGACACAUUACAUUUAGUCCUUGAGUAAAAAAAAAAAAAAGGGAAAGUCUCCAGCAAGCUUUUAUGGUUUUGUUUUUUGUCCAGGACUUGGUUUAUUCUUUGUCUGCAAACCCCACCCCUUAGGCUUCAGGUAUAAUGUUGGUCAUUUAGUAUGUUCGUACAGACUGAAAUAAACUAUUCUGAAGGCUGGAUAUUAACCAAAGUGACAUUCAGACUACAUAGAUUGUUGUAAUAGUGGUUUAUUAUAGUGCUACGUCUGCAUUAUAGUUCUGUGUUGAUGCUCUUGGUUUAAAACCAGUGUGUUACAACAUUUAUCAACUCUAAUAUACAUUCAACUACAGGUUUCAGUUGUCUAAACAAAGCUUGUUCAGUCUGAAUCAUUGUUUAAUAUAGUAAAAGUGCCUUUUAUUUUCUCAUCACGUUUUCAGUAAGUUGUAAUAUUUUGUUUAAUUCAGUAAACUUCUAUAAAACC